CACACUUGUACACUAUUUUACUAAACAGAACAUAAAUGUUGAUAAAUGUGUUACCGCAGAUAUGUUUUUAAUUAUUUUGUGAGAUGAGCGGCUUUUUUGUUGGUCUGUAACUCUUGUGAAGUGCACCGCUGUAGGGAAAAAGGAAGGAUUUGGGACACAGCAGGCGGGAAUCCUGACUGGCUGGGAGAAGCGGAACAGAGAUCCGGAAACGCAGCGCUGUGGAAACAAACCGGCUGAACGGUUCGCUUUUCCCUCACAGCGUCUUUAAAGGACAAAAUGGCGUCCCGGUCCCUGUCCUCUUCCCCGGACUCUGCGGCGGAGUGGGGGUCGGAGUGCGGGAGGCCUGAGGCCGGGGAGCAGCGCAGUGUGGAGUCCGGGAGCGCCUCAGAGUUAGAGGGGGAAGAGCUCGAGCGCCAGUUUGAGUCCGCCGCAGAGAGAGUGCGCGAGCUGCUGCAGACCGCCAGCAGGGAGGAGCUGCUUUACCUGUACGCCAGGUACAAACAGGCCACAGUGGGGAAAUGUAACACAUGCAAACCGGGGUUCUUCGAUUUCGAGGGUCAGAGGAAGUGGACAGCGUGGAAGCAGUUGGGUGAUAUGAGUAAGGAGCAGGCCAUGCAGGAAUACAUAUCCUCUGUACACACACUGGAUCCGGAGGGAAUGAAGGGUUCAUCUGAGAGAAGGAGAGGAGAGCGCAGGACAGCAUUUGGUGGCGCAUCAGUGAGCUGCUUAUACCAGCAAGAGACGAUCAGGGAGGAGGAUAAGAACAUAUUUGACUACUGCAGAGAGAACAACAUCGAGCGGGUUCGCUUGGCCCUCAGCACACACAACAUCGACGUCAACACCAAGGACGAGGAGGGUCGAGCUCUGCUGCACUGGGCGUGUGACAGAGGACACAAAGAGCUCGUGAUUUUCUUACUGAACAACAACGCUAACAUCAACAGCCAGGAUAAUGAAGGUCAGACUCCUCUGCAUUAUGCGUCUGCGUGCGAGUUCGAUGAGAUUGUGGAGCUCCUCCUGCAGAGUGGUGCUGAUCCCUCCAUUAAAGAUGGAGAAGGUUCUCUCCCUGAGGAAGUGACCGAGUCCAGCUCCAUCUCCUCUCUCCUCCGGCAGUACAGCGCUCCCAAAGGAUAAAAACACACACACACACACACACACACACACAUCACAUCACAUCACAUCACUCCACAGCCAAUCUGAGCCAGUACACACCUCUCUCUCUCUCUCUCUCUCUCUGUGGUUAUUAGGAUGGAGUCGGACCUGCUGUGUGUUUUGGAGACUGUAAGGGGGUUGGGGGUUCGGGAAGGAGUUGGAGGGAUCAGUAGGAGUAAAUAUUAAUGUGCACUCUGAAUAUUCAGUGGUUCAGGAUACCGAGCUUUAGCGAUGAGGGUUUAGGGUAUAGGGCUUGGGAGUGAAGGAUGUAGGGGUUAGGGCUCACGGUUUGGAUGUUAACUUUUUAGUAUUUAGGGUGUAGGGGUUUGGAUAUUUAGGUCAAACUCCUAAUCACUAAACCCUAAAUCUAACCAAUAAACACCCACGCCCUGUUCCUCAAAUCCCUAACCCCUAACUCGCUCACUAAACCCUAAAACUUGAACACUGAGUACUGAUGCUCAAUUAACAACACUGAACUGACUUCCUCUUUACGCACACACACACACACACACACACACACACACACACACACACACUCUAGUUUUCUUUAACAGUUAGCCUCAGUGUUAUUGUUCUGUUAAAAUCACUGAAUCUUAAAAGCAGUUUGUUGUACCUGCAUUGUGAGUGUGUUCAGAGAGAGAGUGUGUGUGUGUGUGUGUGUGUGUGUGUGUGUGUGUGUGUGUGUGUGUGUGUGUGUGUGUGUGUUUUGGAAUGUGUACAGCUUUGUUUCUGUUCGUGCUACAGGUUUUGUUUGCGGUUCUGUUUGUUCUGUUCAAGAAACAAAUACAACAAUAAAAACAAUAUCGCUGUGA